AUGACGUUAUUUAGUAACGUCGGAAUUUACGUAGACCGUGAACGCUCCGGUCGCUUUGAUGACUGGCUUGCACAUCUAGAAUCAGUACUGGUUUUAGGCGAUUUUGAGGAGUCAAGAAAAAUUAUCUUACUACACUCCAAAUUGUAUGGUGAAGCGGCUGAUGAGUUUGAUAACUUUAAAGUUGAAAACCCAAUUAGCGCGCGAAUUUACGACAGAGUAAAGGAGCGUUUAAUUAAACUUUUCCACUCUACAGAGACCAGAUCUAAACAAAGCGUUGAAUUUCAUAAUAUGCAACGGGAACCCGAAGAGAAUAUGAGACGUUAUGCGAAUCGCAUACGCAAGGCCUUCCAUUUAGCUUUUCCUAUAAAAUCCACGAUAGAUAAAGCAACAGCUUUUUCCAGAGAACAAAUUAUGAUGGAUAGAUUUCUGGAAGGGCUGUCUUUCGACGUCCAGAACAGACUUAAAUAUAAAGAAUUCGCAACUUUUGAAAAACUCAUAGAAAAAGCUGAAAUGACGGCCAUGGCGGUAGAAGAAGCCCAAGUUAGAUCCAGACUAAAUGCUUUUCAGGCCAAAUACGUCGAACCUAAUAGAGAAUUUACUAAAGUAAAGGAAGCUUUAGAUCGCCUUAGUACCCAGGUGGAAUCAAACACUCACCAAAAACAUUUAGAAGAAAACAUGGAGAAAAUGCAAAGACAUUUAUCCACCAGGAGAAACGUGAGUUUUUCACAGCGCUCACCACAGUUAAACCCUCCAAUCAAUAAAACAGGGAAUUUAUAUUUUUGUGAUUUUCACAACGAUUGGGGCUAUCACUCAAUAAACAAUUGUAAAGCAAGGGAGAGUCAAGCUAAUGAUAAAUGUUUUCGUUGUAAAGAAAUUGGACACCGAGCAAACUUUUGUCCCCAGAUAAAAAAUUUGAAACCCACUCCUCCAGAGGGUUAUGACGGAAAUGGGAAAAAACUCCCUUUGUUUGAAGAAAGGGGAAACUAAAAACUACCGAUGUAAGCGUUGGGCCCCUCGGUGGAAGUAAGAAAAAGCCCCGACAUCAUAUCAAUAGUUUAGCAGUAAAAUCUACAGUUCCUAGGG